GUGGGGAUAUGGGGCACAGAGGGGCAGGAUGGGGUGAGGGACACAAGGUGGACCUGGGUGUGGCACUAGGACCACAGAGAGAACAGAUUGUUACCAAGGGUGGCAGAGGGGCUCUGGACCAUGGUGGGGGGUGACAGGGCUAUGGCAUCUCCAGAGGGUGCAGGUGGUGUUCCCGGUGUCCCUGCGUGUCCCACUGCCAUGUGGCCGUGCCUACUGCUCGCUCUCGCCCUUCUGGGCACUGUCCCUGCCAGCCACCCCGCCCCCCGGCAGCCCCAGGGGGUCCCCGCUGGUGACACCACCCCGCAGCACUACGCCGUGGUGAAGAAGCUGCGCACCUACUCGGGCGCCCAGCGCUACUGCCAGGACGUGUACCGGGGCCAGCUGGCCUCGGUGCACAGCGCUGCCCGCAACCAGGAGCUGCAGAAACUGGCACAGAGCUACCACAUCAUCCUGGCACCCUGGAUUGGAGCUGUCACCAGCCGCAGGGCAGGGCGGUGGGAGUCCUACUGGGAGGACUCCAGCCCCUGGAACUACGCGAACUGGGCACCCACCCACCCCUUCCACAUUGUCACCACCUGCGCCACCCUCAGCAUCCGAGGUAAGGUCACCCAGCCACCGUGUCCGGGCUUGGGGGUGCUGGGGAGGGGAGCACAGGCUGCUGGGGCGUUGGAGGGACAUUGGGAGGGCACUGUGGGGAGGGGGCUACAGGGCACUGGGUGAGCUGAGGGGAGCACUG